AUGGAAAGGCGACGCUGUUGGAAAAAUAGUGCAAACGGGGAGCGACAUGGACACAUACACGCACAUCGUCUACCUCAACCUGAUCCAAAAACCGUGGCGGCGUGGCGCGAAGCCGACCAGCGCGUCCGCGACCUUACCUCGGUCCAGCACCUGCGCCCCUGGGAGGAAGCCGAGAAGAGGGAGCUACGACGCCUCUGUUCUGAAAACGGCAUUCUCUUACGAUUGCGGUCUUGCUUCCUUGACUUUCAGCAUCAUCUCGAUGACAUUUCUCAACCCUUGCGGCGGCCAAGGAACCCCACUGGCGUACUCAUACACCGCCUUCCGUCAGGCGAUGCUUCUGUACGAAGGGAGACGAGUCAAGACAAGUUCAGCACCAUACGCGACGAGGUUGCGUCGUCGGCGAGGUUGCAUCCAGAAAUGCUCUCCUCCCUCGAAUCUAUAAGCCAACACCGUCAUGUUAAGGCAAUAGUUUUAAGCAGUGGGUUGCGCCGCCUUUGGGGAACUGUACUGGCGAGAGCUGGCCUGUCGGAGACCGUCAGGGUGAUCGACGGCAGCCAUAUCUCGGAUGCCAUUGUUGUCGUUGGACAGGAGCACUGUCGGAGCAAGACCAUGGACACAAAAGUGCUGGAUGUAAUUGAGAACGGCGGACUGCGGGCUCGCCAGGUCUUGCUGCCGACCGACGCGACGCCGCGGCUUCGACACCACUACACUUCUCCUCGUCCAGUUCACAGGUGGCAGCUUUCUGGACGCCGUUGUUCGCCGACAGGGCAAACCGAAUCUGCUUAUGAUACAAACGCUGGACUCGAGGUUGUGGGCCCCAGCCUCAGGAAAGCACACAAGCGUCACAACACAAUUGGCCAUCGCACCCGGCAUCAGAACAGGACGAUAAUUGUGGCACUGAUGCGAGGUGGAGAGCCCAUGGCCGAGGGAAUAAACCAAGUGCUGCCGAGCGCCAUGUUCCUCCACGGGCAGUGGACAGUGGUGUUGGUGGACUCGGUCGUGGACAGUGGGAAGCCGAUGGCGGAAUUCGUGGAGCGGAUCCGCGAGCUCAACCCGACGGUACCCAUUGUGGUGGUCGUCGGCGUUGUGCAGGAACAGUCGCUCUCCCCUGCUGGGGUCCUCGGACGGGCUCUCCAGAGCGACAGGGCCCUCAGCUUGAAAAAGUGUCAGGGGCGAGGAGGGACAGAUACAGGAAAUCGUUUGUUCAACACAACGCGGCUUGACUGA